UUAAAACAAAUAUAAGGGCCUUGUAUAUUUUAAGCAGCAUCAGAGUUUGGCAACUUCUCUGAUGUCACUUGCAAUCGAAUUUGCAAGUAGUUUAAUUUUAGCUACGUAAUUAUGUUUGAUGCUUCAUAUAUAUUGUUUUGUUUUACAGAUGAAUAAGUCAGCACUUCUUACCCUGCUUCUUGUCGGACUUCUGGUCCACACAGAAACAGCCAGCGCUCAUUGGAACACAAAAAGCCUUAAAGAUGAUCUAAAACUUCGUGACGAAGGCUAUUAUAAUGCGGUGCCCAAAGAUGAAUACUAUGAUGGCUACUAUGGUGCGGUGCCCAAAGAUGACCACUAUGAUGGCUACUAUGGUGCGGUGCCCAAAGAUGACCACUAUGAUGGCUACUAUGGUGCGGUGCCCAAAGAUGACCACUAUGAUGGCUACUAUGCUGCGGUGCCCAAAGAUGAAUACUAUGAUCGCUACUAUGCUGCGGUGCCCAAAGAUGACCACUAUGAUGGCUACUAUGCUGCGGUGCCCAAAGAUGACCACUAUGAUGGCUACUAUGCUGCGGUGCCCAAAGAUGACCACUAUGAUCGCUACUAUGGUGCGGUGCCCAAAGAUGGCUACUAUAAAGCGAUGCGCGCUGAAUAGGACAUUCAAUCAAGAGAAGAUGGCGCCUUAGGUUGAAUAAUUGAUAAAUGUCAUUUAUAUGCACAACUUAAUAUCAAUCAGAAAUAAAUUCAACCAUGGCAUUA